UUGCGGGGACUGGAGAGAAAAAAGAAGAAAAAAAACAAUAUGGCAAAAGCCUGAGAUUUGGGAAGGCGAGUGAAGAGGAACAACAAAAACGAAGUUUUCCAGCUUAGAGUAGCGUAGAGUUCUCCGACACCAGGAUGGUUUGGGGGUAGUUCCAUGGAGUCUGGGUUGGAACUGGAAGCCGUUUUCACAGGGACAAAGGCGGGAAACACGGCGGAAAAAACUUUCCCUUGCGGGAGAACAAAGUAAUCUUUACGCACGUUCUGCGCGCACACGCUUUUUUUGUACGACCCCCAAGAUGCGCCUGUUGAGCACGUCGUGCUGGGGCAUCCGAGGCACGAUGCACUUUCUCUUUCUCUUCCUCCUCCUCCUCGCGGCCGUGCUGUCCUGCCAAGGCUGUCCGGACAAAUGCUUGUGCUUCUCGCAAACGGUGAAAUGCCAAAACCAGGAGUUGGACGCGAUUCCGCAUUCCUUGCCGGCCGACACCAAGUCGCUGUUCGUCACCGGAAACAACAUCUCCCGCGUCGGCGUGGACUCCUUCCCGACCCGCCUGCAGAUGCUGACAGACCUUCAUCUCAGUGGGAACGAGAUGGAGUCCGUGGACGCCAUGGUGUUUGACAACCUGCCGAACCUCGUGCUGCUGGACCUGAGCAACAACCGGAUCCAGACUUUCAGUGACCGGGCCUUCCCGGAGGAUAAUAAAGUGCAGCUCCUGAACCUCAGCAGGUCUUUUCACAAUCACUCCUUCAUGGACGUGGUCCUCGGCGUCCUGCAGAGCGGGAACCUCCUCCAGCUGACGGCCCUGGACCUGUCCAACAACGACCUUGUGAUUCUCCCGGACGACUUGUUCGCCGGCCUCCCCAACCUGGUCAGCCUGAGUCUGCAGAACAGCUCCAUCCUCUCGGUGCAGAACGGGACGCUGAGGACGCCGCCGCUGCGCGACCUGGACCUGAGGGACAACAGCCUGCGGGACCUGCCCUUCGCCACCCUGGCCGAGCUCAGCCUCAAGCCCGCCCUCAGCGUCCGGCUGGCGGGGAACCCGUGGCGCUGCGACUGCCUCUUCGAGGACAUGCUGCUGUGGCUGAAGAACGGCACUCGGGUCGUCGACGCGCAGAACCUGACCUGCGCCGACCCCAAGGCCCUGAGGCUCCUGCCGCUGCUGCGGGUGGAGCAGUCGCAGCUGAAGUGCUCGGGCGACAUGGACGGCGUACUGGAGACCUCGUACGUGUUCCUGGGGCUGGUGCUGGCGCUGAUCGGCGUCAUAUUCCUGCUGGUGCUCUACCUGAACAGAAAGGGCAUCAAGCGGUGGAUGUACAACAUCCGGGACGCGUGUAGGGACCACAUGGAGGGGUACCACUACAGGUAUGAGAUCAACUCUGACCCGCGGUUGGCCAACCUGAGCAUCAAUUCGGAUGUGUGAGCGAGGACGGGACACUGUCUGGGAGCCCGCAGUGAGAUAUACAGAUACAUGAAAUGACUGAUACUGUUCAAAUGUGCAUGAAAGUCUUCCUCCCCCACCCCCCUCAUGAUGCUCUACAGAAUUAGCAUCUGUCACGGCUCCUAGUUAACCCUCCUCAGAGCCUCCAUCCAACCACGGCCGCAUGUCCAAUACAAACAUCAGGCAGCUGUGACAUCAGCUGAGUUUCCUCUGUGUAACAUUGCAUGGACAAUGAGUUGCAUCAAGAGGGGCGUGUCCUCUAUUUUUUACUCUUCCUAAAGGAUGAAAACGGUCUGGAGUACAUUGACUUCUCAGUGAAACCAUGGCAUCCUUCUGACUGCCUCUGAUGCAGAGAAAUGCUCCGCUGCUUGUUUAUGAGUUUGUUCUUUUGUAAUAUGUGAAUAUAUUGUGAAAUGCAGUAUGCCCAUUUAGAAUGAAUAUAGUGCACAUUGCCUAGAUAUUGGAUUUUAAUAGGUGGAUGUAGUUGCUCUUUUUGUAUUUAAUUGUACUUUUUUUUUUUUUUACGUGGAGCUAUCCGGGUAAAUAAAAUGCCUCAGGAUUGCUGUAAAUCUU